GUGAAUUAUUUCAUUUGUCCUUCAUGUGUAUGUAAUUUAAGGUUAUAUUUUCGCGAUUGAGCUCAGAAUAAACAAUUGUGUUGAAAUGUCAACGCGUGUGUGUUGUGAAAAGUGAGAGAAAAACGAUGGUAAAACACGAAGUAAUUCCCGAGAGAAUUACUAAGGAAUGGCUGUACACAAGAUGUAGACAACUCGCAGUAUCUUAUAUAGAGUAAUACACAAUAGACAGCUUAAAAAUAAUGUAUGAUACGUAAUAUCCUAAUACUUUGUUCCACACGAAUCCGUUCCGCACCCUUCAUGAUGAACGCUACCGGUGAGUGAGAGCUGACGCGCCACACGUAGUGGCGGAUAGGCCUAACACACUUGGCAGCUUACACCUUCCGUCUGUACACUAUUCGCAUUCGUGCGUCAGAAAAUCUCACAAGUUCAGCACUGAAGAUGGCCGAGAAGGGGGAGCUGCUCCGGCGGAUCCCGAGUGUCAAGUUAUGGCUGGUUCUGACCUUCACUCUGGCGUACACCGUGGUGCUCCUCGUCGCCGACUACACAACCCAUUCCCUGACGCUAAGAGUGGAGGUGUAUCACGCUCUUUAUAACUUCUUUUCACUCAUCGGAUGUUUGCUCACGAUGAAGCUAUGCUCAAGACCCCAGAGUCUGCACAACACCUUUGGUUGGGCGAGGUUGGAAGUGCUGUCAAUGCUCACGACGCUUCUGUUUCUGUCAGCUCUCUGCUUUAGCGUCGCCGUCGAGGCAAUCCAGACAGCUGUGCACGCAGGUCAUCAGGAUGCCAUGCACCAUCCGCUGCAAGUUCUUAUGCUCGGAAUCGUUGGUCUGGCCAUCAACGGCGUCGUUUUCUGUCUCAUCGGAGGAUACACGCACCACCAAGGAUGUUUCCUAGAGAUGCGCCCCUCAGGAGGAGUCUGGGUAGGCCGGCAGGUCACGCAAGAGGCCGUUCAGGCUGGCCGCAGGACUCUGUCUUCCAGGAGCCUCAAAGCAGGAGCAGCAAAACCUUCAAGGAUAAGUCAAGGCGUUUUAGAAGUUCUCAGAGACAUCUGCGGUGUAUUAUUGGUGAUGGUGUGCGCCGCUGUAGUGUACUGGGACGAUGGGGGAACCAUAGCGCUCUACAUUGACCCUGGCCUUGCUGUGACUUCAGCUGCGCUUCUGAUGUGGUUUAGUUACCCCUAUGGGAAGGAAUGCUGCCACAUCCUACUGCAGACAAUUCCUGGCCACAUAGACGUAGAAGAGUUCCAGGCACGAUUCUUGCAAGAAUUUCCUGCAAUUGUCAAUGUUCAUCACCUCCAUAUCUGGACCUUUACUCCUGAAAAUGUGGUAGCCACGGCACACGUGGUAUUUUCGAGCCCACGAGUGUACCUCAACAUGAAAGCUGCUCUGACUCAUUUCUUCCACGAGGAAGGCAUAUCGAAAGUCACACUACAACCAGAGUACCUUGAAAUGGGCCCAGAUGAGGCACUGGAUUCCACCCUGCCCACCAAGGGGCAAGUCUGUCUUUUGAGAUGCGAAAAUGAGCAUUGCUAUGAGAAGGAAUGCUGCCAUGAGUGCUGCCACCAGGAACUCACUUCCGUCAACACUACAAGGGCUCGGGUCGUUACUACAAAUGCCAAGGCAGUGGAGGAGGGUGUGACCACCAAAACCAGAUGCACCGUGACAGACGCGCCAAGUAAACGAGUGACUGGCAAGGCAGGCGAAGGAGAGCCACUUGAGAAGGAUCGAAGUGCAAUUCAGCCGAAAAGUCUAGAAGAAAUAGAUGACGUGGAGCAACCAGAGGAGAAGAUUCCAUUCCUGAAAAGCAAAAGAUUGUCAAGUGAUGAUGGCAAUGAGAGUGGAAGCCCUCCGCAAAGAGAAGAAAAUGUGAUGCAAAAAGAUGCUUUAGAGCAUGAAAGUGAAAGUAAUUAGCGCAAUUUAUAUAUUUUAAAUGUGAUUACAUUUUACAGCAUUGAAGUUUAUCUAGAUUUUUAUGCAUAUAAAUUAAAUACAUAUAUGAAACAGGAAA